AGCCUAAGUAACGCUAAAGCGUCUCACGUAAAAUAUUGCAAUGUAAUUGAAUGUAUUCUAUGUAUUUCCGCUUAUUUCAGUAUUGUUUUCUUAUACCUUUACUGUUUGUUCGAUAAUGUAUUUUCUGUAAACCUGCUUUGCAUGCAAUACUGCGAAAAGCGCUAUACAUAUGAAUUUGGGUUAAAUAAAGGUAUUUAAAUUCAGUGCGGAAGUCUAACACCGCCCUCCCCGACUAGUCCCCCGUCUCGUCUUUGUCGCCGCUGUCACAGACAAAAACUGCUUUCGGAUAAUGAAUCCGAGUGUGAGCGUGGAGGAUUAUGGCGGGUUUCAAACCCAGUUCACAUCCAUAAUGGAAACAAUAUUGCAGACCGCUGUCAGGGAAGCAACGAAGCUUUUUCAGCUUUCUUUACAGCACUUGAAAGCGGAGUUGGUGCAGCUGAGACAGGAGAAUGGCAAACUCACGACAGCUCAAUUAUCCAUGGGAGUCAAAAGCAGAAUUACAGCUGUUGGGAAUAAGAAAAGUUAUAACAUCUCCAAAUUUCGAGAUGUUGGGGUGCAGUGUGAAAAGCCAGUUUUGGUUGAUCAGGGCUGCAGUCCUCAUGAGUGUUUAGGACAUGUAGGAGACAUUACAAGUGAUAAGCUGGCCAGUCUGUGUGCCAGUGAGGAUGGCAGAAGACAGCUUGCUUUGCUUCUUAUUAAACAAGAGCCUCAAGAACCUGAAUGUAAUAAGUAUGCACCAGGAUACUUUCUACUGAAGCAAGAGGGUGCUGAGCCAAUACUGGUGCGCCGAGAGCCAAAUAAGGAAACCGUGGAAAGAGUUGUGAUCCCACCAGGAUUUCAAACAAUAACCAGACAACAUGGCAACUCUAGGGGGAAAUCACCCCCAACAGUGACUUCCUUGUGUAAUCCCAGAGGGAAUUUCUAUGCUCAAAACUCCAACCAGCCUGUAAACCCAACCAGGCAUACAGGUGAAAGAACAUUAGAAAACAAUAAAGUAUCAUAUUCCCAAAACCAGACAAAAAGUGCCAUUGCACCAGCCCAAGCAUUAAUUACUCCAAUACAGCAUACUCCUGUUUCAACAGUUAACUUAUCUGCGCCAGUGACUAAGCUGUCUGGUGCUCCGGACUGCACAUCUAUACCUCAAGUCAAGCCAACAACAGUUUACCGUCAACCCGAACAAAAAUCUGAAAUGUUAAACCAAGUGGCCUAUCAGAAAGAUCCUGUUUCAAAUGUCUGUCGGUCACUUCACAACACCUCCCAUCGCACCCAGCCAGCACAACUCCCUGUACGUCAAAGCCAAGUCUUUGUAUCGGAGGCUCGUUCCUCCAAACAGCUAAAUGGUAAACAUACAGAGAAAACUUUCUCCAGGGCCUCACUUAACAAGUCAGAGUUUUCACCGCUCACACAGCAGCCAGUCUUUUCACCACAGACAGGCCAGCAGGUGGCACCACUAGUACAUGCUCCCAUGCCAUCAAGCCAGCUUCCAGUCUCUGUGACACCAGAUGAACCUCUUCAAGUCCAGGAUCAGAUUCGUGUUUCACCCCAAGGCCAAAUGUUAGCUUCAUCUCCACAGAUAAGUCCACAGUUCCAAUUUCCGUUAGUGCAACAACCCAAUCGGGCUCAAGCAGCUCCGCCUUCUUUCCUGUUUACAUCUCCCCACCUUCAGGGAUCUGUCCCAACACUUUCAUCAGCAGAUACUUUAAACCCAAUGCAAUCUCAGUAUUCAGCUCAACCUGAUCAGUUCUCUUCCUCCUUAGAUCAGUUUUUACCUUCACCUGAUAAUACUCCGGGUUUGCUUGACUCUUUGGAUACUCUGCAACUACAUUCACCCAUUUUGUUAGAGACAGACGAUGCAACACAGCAGUCAUCUAUGUACCAUUCACAUCCACCUGGGAAAUUUGCACCUUUGCUAACAAUGAAGGAGCAGCAAGCCGCAGCUUCCACCAAUUCAAAUGUCGUUUUACGUAGAGAUCACGCUGUACCUUCAGAGACCUGUUUGGAAGCAGCAGAUGUACAGUUUUCCCCUUGCCGUAGUGCUUCAUUUAGUACUGUAGAGAACAAAACAGAGAAAAGUGAUAUAGACCACUUCAACGAUGAUGAAAACUAUAAGUCCACACUCCAGAUUCACCUAAGGACACAAACUUCUUUACAAUCCCAACCAAUGAAUAGGUCAGAUGAGGUUAGUUACAAGGACAUGAGGAUGGACGGGGUACAAAAUGACACGAUUAGUAAAGCAACACUUUCGAUCUCAAGUAAAUCAUUACCAAAUUCCAACAAAACAUUGCAUAGGACUACUACAUGCUCCGAGUGUGGAAGAGUCCUCAGCAAUGCAUCCGCCUUGGAGAACCACAUGAGACUACAUACAGGUGAGAGGCCAUUUACCUGCUCCCAGUGCGGAAAGGCCUUUCCCAGUGUUCGAGGACUUAACCGGCACGUAAAAGUCCAUGCGGAGGAGAAACGUUAUCAGUGUGAGCAGUGCGGAAAGAGUUUUGUUUAUCACUUCACCCUUACCAAACAUCAGCUCAUCCAUUCUGGAGAAAGGCCCUUUCCUUGUAAAGUUUGUGGCAAGAGGUUCUUGGCUAAAGCGGACCGCUCGACUCACAUGCGUAUGCACACGGGCGAGAAGCCGUUCGCGUGCACUCAAUGCGGGAAGAAGUUCAAACAUAGAGUUGCUCUGAAUAUGCAUUUGCAGGGACAUAGAGGAGAGAAACGCUAUGUUUGCCCCCAUUGUGAAAAAGGAUUCGUGGAUCUAGGUAAUUUUAAACGACAUAAGCUUAUCCACACGGGGGAGAGACCCUUCGAGUGCAAGGAAUGUGGAAAACGGUUUACUCAGUCGGCCCAUCUGAAGAAACAUGUUAACUCGCAACAUAUGCUACAUGAAGCAAAGUAAAACAUAUAUAUGUAUUGUUUAUUAAACCAUUUAGUUGAUCAACUGUAAAAGACAAAUAUUAUUUUUGCAGAAAACUUCAAGGUUUGUGGCAGUUAAAGGGACAGUUCACCCAAAAAUGAAAAUGAUGUCAUCAUUUACUCGCCCUCAUGCUUGUAUGAGUUUCUUUAUUCUGUUGAACACAAAAAAAUAUAUUAUGAAAAAUGAGGGUAAGCACACAGUUGUAGGUACCCAUUGACUUCUAUAGUAUUUUUCUUUCCUACUAUGGAUGUCAGUGGGUACCACUUACCAUCGUUUAUCAAAAUAUUUUUUUUCAAUGACUUUGCCUGCAUUAAAAUAAGCUUGCUGCUUAUUGCCCAACUACCAAGACCCUAAGGUGAAAUUGGAGUAGAAAAAUCUAAAGUUUAGUUUUAUAUGCUCAAGUGAAACUUUCGCAUGUAUAUGCGAAACUUUCACGUGCUUUCGCGAAACCUUCAUGUGCAGAAUUUUUAAGAAAACUUUAGUUUCACGUGCGCACGCGAUAGUUUCACGUGUGCACGCAAAACUAAACUUUAUUUAAUUUUUGCUCCAUGUCCCCUUAGGGGCUUCGUACCCAACAACGUUUUACCCCCAUCCAUGUUUAAAAAUGUGAAGUUAAAUGUUUUUAUUGAUUUAGCAAGCAAAAUAGAAAUCUGCAUACUGGCAAUUUUACAUAUGCUACAUUUGUUUUAUCAAAACUCAAUAUAUUUGCAAAUGUACAGCUUCAAACAGCUACAAUGUUACAUUAUCUGCUGUAAUAAUCACAAUGUCAGACAGGUUAUGUUUUAUAAGAGUAACUAAACCCUAAACCAAAUUUUUUUUAGUUAAUGAUCUGUAAGAAUGGGGCUUUAUUAGUGCUGUUGAUUGAUUUGAGUAACUUUUUUGACAUUUGGAACAUUUGGGUAUAAAGGGUUUUAACUCUUAUUGAAUGCAAAUACGAUGAAGUCAUUAAGAUGCUAAAUUCAGUUACUGAUUACAAACUACAUGGCAAAAUUUGUAGUCAGUAACCUAAUCUCUUAGGUUACACAUUGUGUGAAAUGUAAUCUGAGUACUUUUUGAUUACUUUUAGAUUACAUUUGAUGUUUAUUUGAUGUCACAUAUAUUUAAGUUUUAUUGUAAUAUUGUACUGUUUUGAUAUACAGUAGAGCAAGAAAAUAUAUUUCAAUCUUAAAUCUUAAGAUUAUGUUUGUUAGUGCAUUUCACAUUACAUUUCAUGUAUAACAUGAAUAAACCUCAUAUCAGCAAAAACAUUGUUCUUUUUAAAAAAUCCUGCUGAUAUAACUUUUUGUAAAUGUUUGCUCAUAAGAACACUCACUCACACACAAAUAUUUUAU